UGUGACGUUGGCUACAAGGGAAACAUGUUCGAAUUCGGAGGAAGUCAGCCAUUCUCAGCGUUUGUACCCAGGGUUUGUUGACAAACACUUUAUGAAAACCUUUCUAAAAACCGAACGGUGACAUCAUGUCCCAGAUACCUAUGGGUAAAGUGUUAUUCAGAAAUCUACUUCGCCACACGGGUGCUCAUAAUAAGAUUCUAGAAGAGUCUGAGAUGUGGAAGCAGAGGGACAUGGAGAAGCAUUCUUCGGAUGACCAGGUUAUGCUCCACGGACGAAAGCCUGCACACAUGUACAGGGGUCACAUGCACUGCGACCGCUUCCUGGAGGAGACCUCCGCCUCGGGGGACAGGGACAGGGAAGACGACCGGGAGGCCCGCUUCCUGACCCGGAAAAUUUACGAGAUUAAGGCCAGCGACCCCAACAGGUGGGGGCACAGCGGGUUUAAGGAGCUCUACCCAGAGGAGUUUGAGUCGGGCGGCGAGAAGGAGGGCAGCAACGGCGAGAACCUGCAGCUCAGGAAGAGGAGGAGGGCCAGCCUGGGGGGCGAGAGACACAAGCACUCCAAGAAGUCCUCCCGCAAGAAGAAGAAGAAAAAGGAGAAGAAGAAGAGGAAGGUGCAGGAGGAAGAGGAGGAGGAGGAGGAGAGCGGGCAGGGCAGGAGGAGCAGCAGCAGCGAGAGGAGCGACAGCGAGAGGCGCAGACGACGGAGGAAAGGCGGCAAGAGCAAACACCGGAGGAAGAAGAAGGAGAGGGAGAGGAGGGAGGAGAGCUGCUCGGGGGACAGCGCCUCAGAGGGGGGCGGGGGCAGGCGGGCACGGAGGCCCGGGAAACGCCGCAGGAAGGCGGGGUCGGACGGCGAGGGCCGCGCCCCGGACGAGCCGCACAAGAAGAAGAGAAAAGACUGGAAAGCCGCGAACGAGGAGAACUCUGAGGAGAGCUCGGAGGACUGAGAGCCGCGCCCUCGCGUGCGGCUUCCGGACUCCCGCCCAACACCGUCUGAACGCUCCAGCGGUCGCACAGAAGCACAGCAAGCCACAGAGCUGGCCAGAAGCCUGCAAUAACGCUGGGGCUCGGGGCCUGCAGGAAUACUGGGGCUCAGUGCCUGCAGGAAUACUGGGGCUCAGUGCCUGCAGGAACACUGGGGCUCGGGGCCUGCAGGAAUACUGGGGCUCAGUGCCUGCAGGAAUACUGGGGCUCAGUGCCUGCAGGAAUACUGGAGCUCAGUGCCUGCAGGAAUACUGGGGCUCAUUGCCUGCAGGAAUACUGGAGCUCAGUGCCUGCAGGUAUACUGGAGCUCAGUGCCUGCAGGAAUACUGGGGCUCAGUGCCUGCAGGUAUACUGGAGCUCAGUGCCUGCAGGAAUACUGGGGCUCAGUGCCUGCAGGAAUACUGGGGCUCAGUGCCUGCAGGAAUACUGGAGCUCAGUGCCUGCAGGAAUACUGGGGCUCAGUGCCUGCAGGAAUACUGGGGCUCAGUGCCUGCAGGAAUACUGGGGCUCAGUGCCUGCAGGAAUACUGGGGCUCAGUGCCUGCAGGAAUACUGGAGCUCAGUGCCUGCAGGAAUACUGGGGCUCAGUGCCUGCAGGAAUACUGGGGCUCAUUGCCUGCAGGAAUACUGGAGCUUGGUGCCUGCGGUAUACUGGGGCUCAGUGUCUGCAGAAAUACUGGGGCUCAGUGCUUGUUGGUGACUCUGUGCCAGUGGACUCUUCAUGCUCAGUGCUCAAUGUCUGUCUUCAGUGUCACUGCUGUGUGUCAGAAGGAAGGUUUCCCCUGUUAGAGGUGCCCAGGGGCUCAUUCCAAUCAUGUCAUUUUACCUCCUUGCUCUUCGCUCCUAGCUCCACCCAUCUGAGGAUGCAAGGAAAGGAAGCAAAGAAAGGACGUAAGGACAGAGGAAUCGAGGAAACAUGUAUUAGGCAAAUGGGAACGUCUUUGUCAGAGCAUCUUUUGUCAGUCAGUUUGAAGCCAUGUCAAUUAGACAUGCCAAAUGGGGAGAGGUAAAUGCACAGGCCGAUCAUUUAUACGUUAAGAGUUCAUAAAAACAAAUACUUCUGCAAAGGAUGCACUGUUUCCUUAGUCAAGCAUCCUUUGGGAGCCUCCUAGCUCCUCACCCUCAGCUCCUUCAAGGAGCAUUUAGCGGGUUAGAAUGCCCUUUCAGAUCGACUUAUGUCCGAUUUCUUGGGAAGGAGAGAAGGACAGAUAACAUUAUCGAUUGGAAUGAGCCCCAGGACCCACGUAUUCCCCCUUCUCCCCUGUAGAGGUAGACCGAAAGCUGUCUGACCCCUGAAUGGAACCACUGAGUCUCUGUUUUACCGCCUGCCAGCACCGCUAGCUGCAGAUGAGGUCACUCCGAGUCCUUUCCUCUGCAGGUCAGCAUGGUUCCCUGAGCUCUGUGAGCAGUCCUAGGCCGAUGGGGAGAAAAGCCAUAUUCCUCCAUCUGCCUGGGCUGCUUGCUGCUGUGAGUAGUAUUAUGUGUUCCUCCAUUGAUCACGGGUAUGUCUUCAGGUUCGGGGCAAGCGCAAUCAUACUGGGUGGCAGGUUAUCAAAAUUUCACCAGUGCGUCACUAAAACAUCAUCAUACCUCAAGCUAGGUGAUUGUUUUGUAUAUUGAACGGCCAGCAUCGUUCCCAGCAUUUAUAUAAACUUGACUCUGAUUGAGGCAGUCGGCUCACAGAAAGCACAGAUUAUUUUGGAAUUUGGAUUUAGUUUUUUAUACCGUCCUUUCAUCUCCCUGUCUCAGAGCGUUGUACGGUGAACAGGGUAACUGCCAGAGGCCCUGCUGUCUCAGUCCUUCGCACGAACACCACGCCAAAUGGUCACGGUGUUACUGUUUUAUAAUGAAAUGUUUCCUUGUGUUUUUGUUGUUGAAUCAACUGAAAGUUGUUAAACUUAUUUUAGCCUGUACCAGCGUAGCAGAAUUCGGUUUUUAGAUCAGUUUCGUGAGAGAGAGACGAUUGGCAAGCAGAUGCCUAUAAUAACCCCCCCCCCCCAGCCGUAUUCCAGCUCUGCAGUGCAAAGGGGUUGAAGGCGUUGAAUCUUUGAGUCCCCGCCCCUUCAGGCGACCCAUACCGCCACAUUUCUGCCAUUUCUGCAACUGAAACCAGCAGGUACGAUUAGAAUGCAAUGCGAGUUGAGCGGAUGUGGGUUUGCUUAUUUUUAAAGCUCUAUAGUCGGAAAGGGUAUUGACACUCCUCGAUUGGUGGGUUGCACAACCUUGUUUACACGUCAUUGGUGGGGAAAGCAAACAGGAAAAAAAACAACAACAAAAACGGCAUCAGAUGGGUCAACUUCCUCAAAUGGCACCUCCAGAAUAGAAACGAGGGCCGCACACCAGGGCUUCCCUGCCCCAAUGCCACGUAGCGGGCGAAGGACCCGGACGUGCUCAGAGAACUUCCUCCCUCCCGUACGCAAACACGGCGCGGGAGGUCCGCAGACAUCGCCAGAAGAGGUCAGAUGUAAGGAUGCUCAAGGAUGAGCAGUAGAUGGAUUCUGGUGCUUGUCGGGCUGCGUCAGGGCGGCGCACACAGCUGCGGUUGGGGGACAGGCUGUAGCGCCGACCGUAGCAGCAGCCUGCGUUUGACUGGUGAAACCUCUGGAAGACUCUCAGCGUGAACUCUCUGAAGAGCUGGACGCCAGUUACUCUGUACUCAGAAACAGCCAUUCACUCACAGUGUGUGAUCACAGGUGGACAAAUGUCUUUUGUUAGAUAUCUAUUUUUUAACUUUUAUAAAUUAUUAACAAUCGUGGUUUUAUUGAACAAUAAAUUUGCUGUCCUGACGCAGAUUCAGGUCAGCAUCUUGCACAUGGAUCCUUUUCUGUCUGACAGUCACAUAGCUGCUCUGUGUUUAUGAAUAUUCUCUCUCUCUCUCUCUCACACACACACACACACACACACACACACGUUCACAUACAGCUUACUGUUUAGAAAACAUACAUUUAAAACUGCGCAAUACUAAAGACUAGAAACAAAUUAACAGUAACUACACAAAUAGUGGGGCAGAUAGGCAAACCAAUUGUGCAUUUUAUGACUAAAGCAUGAAUAUUUCAGCAUAUAAUCUACAUACCCCAAGGUUUUAUUUCAGACAAGAACUUUGAUGUAAUAAUUACAUGCACAAAAAAGAAAAAUGGAAUCAUAUAUGGAUACAUAAAGUAAAUAAAAAUAAA